AUGGAGGACCCGACUCACGGCCAUGUUCCCUGGGCUGGCAGGUUUGAGGCUCUGCUGCGCGAUGAAAGUGCCACUCGGAAAGAGAAGUCAAUGACCCUCGCCGAAGGAAUAAGGCUGUACCCAAAAGCAAUCGCUUGGUCUAUUCUUCUGUCUUCGACGCUCAUCAUGGAGGGAUAUGAUUUGGCACUUCUUGGCUCAAUGUACGAUUCUCCUGCUUUCAAGAAGAAGUUUGGGAAAGAAGCUGCCGAUGGAGAGUGGAAUAUCUCAGCAGCCUGGCAGUUGGGCCUCGCUAAUGGAGCUCGUUGUGGUGAAAUCGUUGGCCUUUUGAUUUGCGGCCAAGUGUUUGAGCGCUUGGGAUACCGGCGCACGAUGUCUUGGGCUUUGUUGGCCAUCUGCCUCAUCAUAUUCUUGUUCUUUUAUGCCGUCAACAUCCAGAUGCUCCUUGCUGCUGAAAUCCUUGCUGGUAUCCCAUGGGGGAUUUUUCAGACACUACCAGUACUCUACGCCUCAGAGGUCUGCCGUAUUGUCUUACGCCCCUAUCUCACAACAUUCAUUAAUAUGUGCUGGGUCAUUGGUCAAUUUGUGGCAGCUGGAGUUAACCGUACCUCUGUCUUGAGUACUGAUGAACAGGCGUACAAUAUAAAAUUUGGUGUGCAAUGGGUCUGGAUCCCUGCACUUGCGAUGGUGCUUUUGUUUGCUCCAGAAUCACCAUGGUGGAUUACCGUAUUUUCGACUAUUGAGGAGACUAUUGUAAUGAUUCAGCAUACCAACAGGUUUGAGAGAUCCCAUGUCGAAGGUACUGGCUACCUGGAUUGUUUCAAAGACACGAAUCUUCGUCGAACAGAGAUAGUCUGUGUUGUUUGGAUGGUGCAGACCUUGUGUGGAUCGAAUCUGAUGGACUACUUCGCCUAUUUUUGUUUGCAAGCUGGAAUCCCACCUAUUGAAUCAUUCGAGCUGUCCAUGGCAAAAUUUACACUUGGCUUCUUUGGAACAUUUGUCUCAUGGUUUCUCAUUUCAGUCGCUGGUCGUCGUGCUAUUCAUAUGUUUGGCCUGGCUACCCUGUUCAUACUCCUGGUCAUAAUUGGGAGUCUGGGGUUCGCACCCGCGUCCAAUGAAGCUGCAAAGUUGUCAAUAGCUGCCAUUCUCAUUACCUUCACUUUCUUCUUCGAUUUCACCAUUGGCCCAGUCACCUACUCCUUGGUUUCCGAGCUAUCGUCGACCCGACUCAAAGCCAAGACUAUUGUACUGGCACGCGUCCUUCACAAUAUCAGCAAGAUUGUUGUCGCUCUCUUGACCCAUUACCAGUUGAAGGAAACAGCCUGGGACUGGGGAGCCAAAACAGCAUAUUUCUGGGCUGGUACGUGCCUGUUUUGCUUGAUUUGGGCUUACUUUAGGCUACCUGAGCCGAGAGGUCGAGCUUACAAGGAGCUUGAUUUGCUCUUUGAACGAGGGACUCCAGCUCGUAAGUUCUCAGCCACACGGGUGGACGCGUACGUGGAGGAGUUAAUGCGGAUGCAGGAGGGAGCGAGACGUUGA